AGCAGGAGCAAGAAGAGGGCAGACGGCAGAGGGAUCGCUUUCGGCUUUGUUAUGCUCAAUUUGAUCGGUAAUUGCCAAGCAAAGCGGCAGGACUCAUGGUGAAGAGAAAGAAGACGUGUUCCACCUCCGAAGAGCUCGAAAAUUGCAUGACACUGGGCUCCAGAGAGGGGAUCGGUGUCGAUGGUAAGCGGAAUCCGUCCAGAAAGCCCGAAGGUUGCGACGAGGAGGAGAGCGCAGAGCAGGCGAGCGAGGAGCGCAGUACAAAGGGAGAGGAGCGAGUGGAAAUUCUUAAUCCAUCAGCCACGGGUCCCAGCUCCGGUCCGGCCCCGGUCCUCCCCGGAUCCCCGCCGAACCGGACCGGAGCAGGUUCGAACCAGCAGCCCCAGAGCUCCGCGGAACCCGCCCCUCCGUGUCACGACCAGCAUCAUUUUCUGCGAUCCAGCGUCCGACCUCCCAGCAAACGGAUACGGAAGGAUUCAAUCGGAUCAACCAUCAAUGGACACGGCGGGGCAAAAUCGAAAGGGGCAGAAAAUGGUUCCUCUUCCCACGGGCCGGUGGGACAGUCUGUGGCCAGUGCCACAGGAGGAGUUUCCAAGAACUCUAAGGGCCAGGCGUCUGCUGAGAAAGAUGAGCAAGGUGGGAACCAGAAGAGGGCCCGUCGGCAGUGGGAGUCUUGGAGCGCAGAGGACAAAAACAGCUUUUUUGAGGGGCUCUAUGAGCAUGGGAAGGAUUUUGAGGCAAUCCAGAACAACAUCGCAAUGAAGUACAAAAAGAGAGGAAAGCCGGCCAACAUGGUGAAGAACAAAGAGCAGGUCCGCCACUUCUACUACCGCACCUGGCACAAGAUCUCCAAACACAUCGACUUCGCCAACGUUUACUCCCGUGUUUUGAAAAAGUCUUCACAAGAGCUGUACGGCCUCAUCUGUUAUGCUGAGCUCCGCAAAAAAGUCGGAGGAUUAAUGGAUGAGAAGAACGUGGCAAAGCUGAACGAACUCAUCCAGCAGGGGGCCACCACUGUGCGCUCCAAGGGGAGAAACCUACGAAUCAAAGCCCCCAUGUGUCGCGCACUGAAGAAACUCUGCGAUCCAGAUGGGGUUAGUGACGAAGAAGAUCAGAAGCCGGUGCGUCUCCCUCUGAAGGUGGCGGUGGAACUCCAACCCCGCAGUAACCACUCCUGGGCCCGUGUUCAGAGCUUAGCCCACAACCCCCGCCUCAGGAUGGUGGUGGAGCUCCACAGGAAAGUCUCCUGCCUCAUCGAGUAUCUGAAACAGAAGUGGGCUUACCAAGACCAGCGCAUUCUGAAGAAUCUCAUGGAGAGGGAGGCUCUAGAGGGCAGCCAGGCCAGCGCAGACUCUCCCAGCAAAGCUCUACAGCAGGAGCUUACUCUUUUCCCUGCCGAGAACAGCCCCUUGACUACACUGCCUGGUGUGGCUCGGGUGGUCCACUCCAAGGCCUCCUGCACCGUCCAUUGGUUAGAGAGCGGCAAGAACCGGCCCAGUGCCAAGGAGCUGCCAGCGGUGCAGAUCCUGGGCAUCCAAAGUGCACCGCCUCCUCGAGGCGGCCCCAAAUCUGGAAGGGUAGGCUCUGCUGCCGCCAACGCCUCAACGGCCAUCUUAGCCGAUGGUCGCCGGACUGAGCCCCCUAACGCUGAACCACCACCAGACAGUUCUGGAAAAAUAGAGGAGAAAAAGCCUCAGCCUUUUUCUGUUUCCUCUCAGCAGACUUUAGCUCUGACAGAAGAGGGAAAUGGGACAGGAUCUACAGAGACUGGCAGGACAUGUACUGGCAUAGAGGUCAACGGUAGUGCUGAAUACCCAUCAGAGCUGUGCAAAGAGGAGCAGAACACGGGGAGCUCUUCUUCGGAUUUAAACCAGACUCCUUCCGCGAAACCUCCAGUGUCUAGCUCAGAGGAGAGUUCUGCACCACCAGCUAAAGAACGGACCGUCAAACAAAUCCAAGAGGAGGGGUGGAGUGCUCGGGACGCGGAGAACGUGACCCUGGCUGAGCUCUAUCUGAUGUUUGGGAAGCCAGGCAAGCUGCAGCUGGAGUAUGAGUGGCAGGCAGCUGCAGUUCCUUCCACCAUCCAGGAAAAUGGACAAGCUUCAGAGAAACCUAAGUCCAACAGGACAAACAGAGUUUUGAGCUGCCUGCUAAAGCUGGUUUCCACUGAGAUUAACCCUAAACCUCUGGCGUCAGAGGUGUGCUCCACAGCCACAUCGCCUCUUAAGACCAGUCAGGAGGAACAGAACCAGACCCUAACGCCUCCAGGGAAGAGCCCGAUCUCAGGUGUCCGCAGCCCCAGCUUUGGGCGACAGCAGGCCUCCGUCCGGGGAGCCAGGACCCUCGCACCAAACUCUGCUUCCUCUGGAGGGCAUAACCUGCCUCGGUCUUUGCUGGGAUCAACCGGGGAAUCGGACGGCAGCGUGUUCGCCGUGCCCACCACGUUCCCUCCCAACAGCUCGCGACACAACAGAAUGUUCUCCCCCAACAAGGAAGCUCAGCUAGCCUUCAGGCAGCAGCUGGACUCCAUCAGUAUGCAGUCGGACCUUUUCCUUUCCAGACAGAGAAAACCUCGGAACAGGCAGUUUCGGAAACCUCUCGUAGUUCAGCGAACCCUUCUCCCCAGGACAACAGGAGACACUCCUCAACAUGUCUGCUCCUUCUCCAUCCUCUCCAACUCCUCCGCUACAGGAACUGGAUCCUUCCGGCCAAUCAACACUCGGCUGGCUCCAUCCUCCCGCCCACCAAUGACCAAAACGUCGCUUCCUGCGUCUGGCUCCGCAGUACCCAGCCAGCUCUCCAGCGCCAUCGACCUGGCAGCAAAGUCUGCCGGGAUCAUUCCUGGAAGCCCCUGUCGGGAGUUAGAUUCCCCUGCUGUUAAUGUUGGUCUCCUUGCAACAACACCCUCUGUUGAUGCGGCACCAGACUCCCAGCUCCUCCAGCAGAAUGUCCCAGAGAAUGGUCUACCUCCAUCAUCUCCAGGAGUGACAGGCAGUAGGGAUUCCCUCCUCUCUCCACCCAGCGUCGCCUCGCUCCUUGACAUCUCUCUGCCAGGCCCCCCUGAGGAGGCCCUCACCCCUGGGGAACCUCAAACACACAUCAGCGACUCCAUAAUCGAACUCGCCAUUAACUCAACAAACUAUGGUGAGGAGCCUGCUCUAUCUCCAGCCAAGCUGGGUAACGCUGACCCCUCCAAGCUGUUGGCUUCGUCUCCCUCUGUCAGCCCGUCCAGGGGCUGGAUCCCGUCUCCCAGCCACGACCCUCAGUGGUACCCCAGCGACUCCUCUGACUCCACGCUGGGAUGCCUCCUUUCCAGCAUGGUUUCCCCUGAUAAGAGCAGACGGACCACCCUCACCCCCUCUGGCCCCUCGAGCGGCACAGCUUUGCUCGGUCCUAGUCUCCUGGACUGCAACUCCCAUGACUCCUUCCAAUCCCGUGGCCUUCCUGACGUGGCAGAGAUGGACUCUCAGCUUGCCUGCAUGAUGAGUGAGAGCAGCGUGGAUUAUAUCGCUCGCUUCAAUGACCUGGCUCAGGAGCUCGCUGUGACCGAACCCUCCAUUCCUCCUCCGUGAGGAACAGAGCCAUCUGGAGGACACGAAUCACUUCGGAGGACCGUGGAGAACGCCUGACUUCCCCCUCAAAGCCAUCCCUGCCCUUGGAGUAUAAGUGCAAUAAUGACAGCGAAACCUGAGCUUUGGUUUCCCUGAACUGUUCUUUAAGGUAAAAAUUCCCUUUAACAUCGAACACUUCAGAUGAAUAAACGUGUUUACAAAACGCAACUUCAUGUCGGAGAAAAAUACUAUGCCAUAUCUGAACAAAAUAUUUUCACCAGUCUACAUAUCUCAUCCUUCUCUGUACGUUUUUCUACUUUUUACAUCGACCCCUAAAAUGUGGAAAUCUCAUCGAAAUGUGCGACCUGAAGUGUGGUUUAUUUAUUUUUUUCUAACAUAUGGCAGCGAGUAACAGGUUGAAUAUGAUGAGGUACUUGUUAUAAUUAAGUUGUAAUCGUAGCACAAAACCAGCAACAGCAUCUAUCAUUAUGUCCACAUUUCACAUGUUUUUCAUCUCAUAUCAGUUCAUGUUUUGCUGUUUGGGUUUUUCAGCGGUUCUUGGUUUGAACCUGCUUUUAUUUCCUACAGCCACUCACAGCUUGUUAAUCAACUCCAAUGAAGUGAUGUUUUGUAGCCGCUGGCUUUGAAAUCAGCUGACAUUAUUCUUUGCAAGUCAAAGUAUCAGUGGAAAAGCCAGUGUUAUGUUGUUAGAAUGAGGCUGAAAAGACAAAUUUUCAGCUUUUUUUUUUACUUUUUAUCUGCUGGCUCUUCACUUACAUGAAUGUUGCAAGUUUUUUGGCUGGUUUUUCAGUUAUGAAUGCAGCUGGAUUAUCGAGAUCAUUUACCUCGAAUCUACUGCGCACAUCUUAUGGCCCUGAUUAUUUCAGUGGUGCUUUUCUUUUUCCAGCCAUGUUUCUUUUAGGUUUUUUUGUUGCAGAUCAUAAAAAAUCAGUAGCUUACUUGGCUUAAAAAGCAUAAAAGUGAGCAGAAUGUAACUGGAUCGAACACUAAAGCCAUAGUAGGUUCCCGGCCUAAUUUACAUAAAUUUUUAUUAAUUUAAACAACUCCAUUAAGAUUCCUUCCCUUCUGACUGUUACUGAAUUGCAUUAAAACACUAUAGCUAGCAUCAACAGGAUUGGCUUUCUGAACAUUAUAUCACUCUCAUCUUAAGGUAACAGGUUCCUCUUUAUCCAUGCAGUUUCCAAUGCCGCGCUUUGUAACCUGCAUCCUGCUGUUAGUCCGGACUCGGCGCAUUUAGGGUUUAUUGUUGUGAGCAUCUUCUGCACAGCAUCAGACAACGGAGCAUAAACUGCAGGACAGCAUUUAUCAUCAUUCCAAAAAAGUUAUUUAAAUACGUUGCUUUUCUUUUAGCUCCUUAGGGGCUUUUACGUUACAAUCUGGAAGCUCCGAGACACUAGAGUCUAUACAAGGAACAAGUGGCAGGUUUUGUAUUUUAAUCUGGAAAGUUUUAUCUUUUUCUGUUGAAGGAUUUGUACAAAUGUUAAUUCCAAUAUUCUUUGCGCUUGUGUAACAUAAUGUAAAAUUGAUAUUUGGGCUAUUUAUUAACAUUUCCUAAAGUGUUUUAUUUCUCUGUUUAACCUGGUUUUAAGGUGGCAUCUUAAAAGGAUAAACCUGUUUUAAGUUUUCUAAAAGCUGUUUUUAUUCAGUGUAUAAAGAUAGAUGCAACA